AUGGCGACCCUAUCGGUAUACGGGUCAGAUUUCCUGACCACUACAAAGAAAAAGGCCAUUGAGGAUGCCAAGAAGAUGCAGACAGUUGUUGCAGAAGAAUGCAAUAAAUCAGGAAAAGAAGCACCCCCAUAUCAGCUAGAGGAGCUCAUCGGCAAAGGCAGCUUUGGCCGCGUAUACAAAGCGACGGAUAACAAGUCCAAUGCUGUUGUGGCUGUCAAGAUUAUUGACAUCGAGGAGAGCGACAGGGAGAAUCCUAGGCUGGCAGACACGUAUAGCGAGUUUAUGAAGGAGACCAGUGCCCUCAAGUUACUCAGUAACAGCGGCGCAAAGAACAUCAAUCUCAUUCUCGAUGUACUGCCCGUUGGACAGUCCAUGUGGCUGAUCACCGAGUACUGUGCUGGCGGAAGCGUGGCUACUCUGAUGAAGCCUACCGCACCCGGGGGCUUGCAGGAGAAGUGGAUCAUUCCCAUCCUACGAGAAGUCGCAGAGGCCAUAUUCUGGGUACACAAAGAAGGAAUCAUCCACCGUGACAUCAAGUGCGCCAACGUACUUGUGACGGAGACGGGCGCCGUACAGCUCUGUGACUUUGGUGUGGCUGGUAUCGUGGAGACCAAAUUCGACAAACGGUCGACUUUUAUUGGGACGCCUCAUUGGAUGGCACCAGAACUCUUUGAACCUACACCGUCUUACAGCACACCAGUUGAUAUAUGGGCGUUUGGAUCUAUGGUAUACGAGAUUGCAUCCGGACUUCCUCCCAAUGUCAUGUCGGGGUUCAACAUCCCUCAGCUUGGCAAUUAUAUCAGGUCCCAUGCGCCUCGUCUAGAAGGAGACCAGUACUCAGACAAUCUCAAGGACUUGGUGGCUUUCUGUCUGGUCGAAGACCCUGCAAAACGACCGACGAUUGAGCAAGUCCAACGGCACCCUUACAUAUUCAACACGAGCUCUGAAUACCCGACAGCAUCACUUUCCAACCUUGUUCGGGGUUAUAAGGUUUGGGAGGCACAGGGAGGUAUUCGAAAAUCGCUGUUUGCGCCCGUUGGUGCUCAAGGCCCAUCCGAUUAUGCCUCGACUGCUCUCUCCAAUGACGAGUGGAACUUUAGCACAACGGUCGACUUUGACCGGAUGGCCAUGGACAGCGAUGCUCAGGCCGUGUAUGAUGUUUAUGGGCAUAAUGUCGACUUUGACUUUGACGAAGAGCAGACCCGGCGCCCCAAGCCUAAAGGAAGGAGGCGGCCGCCUCCUCCUAAAUUACUGGCUCUCAAGGCACCUUUGGAAAAGCUGUUUGAUCCUAAUACGAUCUCCGGCUACAAUGAGAACUCGCGUGCCUAUUACGGUCUGGGUCCAACGUCCACAUCAGAGGCAGCAUCAGCACCGGAGCCACCAAAAGACUCGGAUCUCAACCUUCGACAAUAUGAACCGAGCUCACAGGCGGCACUACGAGAGUCGCUCAUAGACUUGGAUGCGUCCUUUGAUGGAAACGACUUGUCUCAGUUUGUGGACAUGGAGACCAUCAAGGCUGGACCCCGUGGUUCGAUAGACUACGCAGCUUUCAACCCGAAUCCAGACUUUAGCAAACCGCCCCUCAGCGACCCGGCAGAUAUGCCCAUGAACAUCAACCGCCGUACGCAGGAUUGGAAGUUUCCUUCAAUGGCUGCUCCGCCGGCUUCUGCUCAUCCGGAGAUGUCGCGCUUCCCGUGGAAUGAAGAGCGCUCCAACGACAGCCACAAUGACAACUUUGUUCGACCACCCCUCAUACACCACCCUACAGACCCGCUAGGCUUCCAAUCGACGGGCUACGAUUCCAUGCCGCCCAAGCCUCCGGUCGACAACCGCGUUUCGGUAGGGAGCUUGAUCGAUCUCGAUGAAAGCUUACCUAUGCCAACAAACGAUUUCACCAAUCGGGAGUAUACGCGGCCAUCCACAGCCAACUCGGACGCUGCUUCUGUCAGUGGUUCAGAGAUAGGCGGCGCAAACCCGUUCGACCUCGAACGGCACGCUUCACUUUACCAGCCGCUGCCUGUCGUACGAUCAUCAUCAGUCCGCGAACCGUCCAUCUACGUAUCAGACGACAGCGACUACGCCCGGGUCGCUCAGGCGCCGUCAGAGGAGCAUUUCAUUGGGACCAACGGUCGUGGCACGCCCGACUAUGCUUCAUCCGUCAACGGUGGAGGCAGCAUAGGGAACGGUAGUAUCGGUGGCGGUAGCAUCGGCGGCGGAAGCAUCGGCAGCAGGACCAGCAGCCGCGCCCACUCCCGCGCGGACAGCUACAGCUACGCCACCGACGACGACGUGGGGGGUUAUUCAGCUGGCGAGUACGCCGAGUCGGAAUACCUGGGCGGCAGCAUGGAUCCGAUGGCGAUGAGUGGCGAAGGGCGCAACCGUAGUCGCCGGCGGCCAAGCGGCAUGCGGCCGGACCCGGAUUCGCACCAUCCGCCUCGAGCGUACGGCAUGGGCGGGAGCAUGAACGGGAAUAAUGGUACGGGCAGCCAUGGUGGCGGGCAUCAUGGUCACCAGGUGCAUCAUGGUCAUGGUCAUGGUCAAUAUCAUGGUCACGGUCAUGGCCACAGCAAUAGCCAGGGUUCGACAGAUAUGAUGCACAUGCCUCAUGUUCCGGAGCCGCCGAGAGUCAGGGUGAUGCAGGGCAUGGCGAAUCGAGAGGAGGUGAGGGAUGAUGUGAUGAGGUUGUUGGCUAGCUUCUCGGAGCACUUGGGGUUUGCGAAUGCGCAUGUGAAUACGCUUCCGGUCAGGCAGGGGAGGAGGGGAAGUGAGGUGGACACGAGUGUUUCGGCAAGAUUGAAGAAGCCGUCCAUGCUCAACAUGUGUUUGCCAUUAAUGGCACCAGCUAUGACAACUUCGACGACAAUGGAAACCCGGAUUCUCAAAGUGAAGGUGGACGACAGCAACAUCCAAGUGCUCGGCCACUGGAAGGAGGAGUCAGCAGAACACAAAGAUGGAAGCAAAACGAAAACUAGCAAUCUCAACACAUGGGAGGUCCCAACUACAUCAGAAAAUGAAAAUAUUCUGUCUCCCAUUCGCGAAGCAGCCCACCACCUCCGCACCACCGACAUUCCCGUCGCCUUCCCCACGGAAACCGUCUACGGCCUAGGCGCCGAUGCCACCCGCAGCGCUGCCGUCAAGGGAAUCUAUGCCGCCAAAGGUCGACCAAGCGACAACCCUUUGAUCGUGCACGUUUGCGAUUUGAGCAUGUUACGGUCACUCAUCUCUCCCUCCUUCUCCUCAGCAGGGGACGAAGAAGACCCCAUCCCAGCCAUCUACCACCCCCUCAUAACCCGCUUCUGGCCCGGCCCCCUCACCAUCCUGCUACCCAACCCCUCCCCCUCCCUCCUCGCUCCGGAAGUAACCGCCGGCCUACCCACCUUCGGGUGCCGAAUGCCCGCCUCGGCGCUGGCUCGCUCGCUGAUCAAACUCGCCAACGCCCCCCUCGCCGCGCCCUCCGCGAACGCCAGCACUAAACCCAGCCCCACCGCCGCACAGCACGUGUUAGACGAUCUACGGGGUCGCAUCGCACUGAUCUUGGACGGAGGAUCAUGCAGCGUGGGGGUGGAAAGCACGGUCGUCGACGGGCUUUGCUCGCCGCCUGUGGUGCUGAGGCCGGGCGGGGUCAGCUUGGAGGAGAUUAGGGAGUGUAAGGGGUGGGAAGGCGUGGAGAAGGCGUAUAAGGAUCAGGCAGAGAUCGGAGGAAAGACGGCGCCGAGAGCGCCGGGGAUGAAGUAUAAGCAUUAUAGCCCGAAGGCGCGGGUGGUGUUGUAUGAGGCGGAGGGAGGGAGGAUGGAGGUGCCGAGGGCGGAUGUGAGGGAGGCGGUUGAAGCGGCUGGGGAGGAGGAGGGCAAGGGAAACGUGAAGAGUGUUGCGAUUAUUAGGACGGGGAGGUGGCCUGUUGCCGGGGGGUUGAGGAGUCAGGGGCUUGAUGAUGUUGCUGCAAAGGACAACGGGGACGUGGCCGAGACUGGGUUCGCUGUUAGGGAAGGGCAAUGGCUGGAUGAGGACGGCACCACGGUGUUGGCAAGGUUUCUGGAAAUUAAUCUGGGCAACGAUGUUAAGGGGGUGGCACAUGGCCUUUUCGCUGCCCUCCGAGAGCUGGACAGGCGCGGCGCGGAUAUAAUAUUCGUAGAGGGUGUGAGUGAUGGAGACGAUAUCGCGGCGGCGGUCAUGAAUAGGCUGAGGAAAGCCGCUUCCGACAUUAGAAUAUAG